AUGAAACCUUUUUUUGCAAAAGUCUUGGCAGAAUUAGAUAUUAGGAAGGCUGUGGCAGAAGCUGAAAAGGCCGAAAUUGAGGCUAGAAAGAUCAAGAAGAAAGAGUUUAAAGAUGCUUUUAAUCGGUUUGUAGAACGAAAAGAUAUUACUUUUUCAAAUGGUGGAUUGCAGAAUAGAAUGGGUCACUUUGUGUCUGAUGAUGCGGUUAAUGAAAAGGGAGUCGAUUUAGAAAAAAUUUGUAAAAUUAGUGUUUACGAGGAUAAACUUGUGAAAUCAGCAGGUUCGAAACAUGUGGCUAUCAUGUUGCAUUUGAAUAAUUAUCAAAAACAUGUUCGCGAUUUAAUCAAAAAUUCAAGAGAUGCCCACGGAAAUCCUAUAUUUGACAAGAAGGAAAUUGAUAAAUUUCAAAAAGAAACUGAUGCAAAAGGCUUAACUCUUAAAGAGUUAGAUAUUAGGAAGGCUGUGGCAGAAGCUGAAAAGGCCGAAAUUGAGGCUAGAAAGAUCAAGAUCUUAUAUAGCAGAAUUGGAUAUUAG